GUAGAAGUUGUAGUAGUAGUAGUAGAAGUAACAAACGAAGUAGAAGGAGUAGUAAUAGUAUAAGAAGUAGUAGUAGAAGAAGUAGUAGUAGUAGUAAUAGUAGUAGUUGUAGUAGUAGCAGUAGUAGUAGUAGUAGCAGAUCGUUUUGGGUCUCUCUCAUAUCCUUUCAUAUGCAGAAGCUGGUGAGACUACUAUCCCAUCUAUCACAGCCUCAAAUACAGCCUCUUCCGAGCAUGGUACAGGUACACUCACGGGGAGGUAAUUUCGCUCUUCAAGACGAAGACAGUCUGUACAUCUCUUCUCCCAACUACCCUGCCAACUACGAUUCCAACGCCAAUGUUCUAUGGGUCAUCACCAUGCCGGAGGAUUGCUCUCUGGUUCUGAGUGUCCUCAGCUUUUUCACUGAGAACUCAUAUGACCAGCUGACCGUAAGCAGUGAAUCAGGAGCUGAUCAGUCGGUUAUGCUAAUUAACAGAUUUACAAGUCAUCUGGCGCCGUUCAUCAGAACUUAUGCUCCGUCAACGUUAAUGCGAAUCCGAUUCAGAACUGAUAGUUCUGUAGUGUAUCAAGGAUUUGAGGCAGAAUUAAGAGCUUCUUGCAGUGCAGAAACAACAACUGCAAGCCAGACUACGGGACUGACUACACAAGAUUAUAAUGAUUUGACUAGUGAAGUACCAUGGACCAUUGGUGUGAAUGUGGAUUCUACAGGUGGACCUAUCGCUCUUAGGGAGGGACAGGACUACUUUAUUGCAUCCUCUAGCUUUCCCAGCAACUACCCAAGCAAUGCAACCAUCCUGUGGCAAGUGACAACCUCUGACCGUUGCGCCAUCCACAUCACUUUCAUGGCCUUCAGCACUGAGCCCAUAUAUGACUACCUGGUUGUGGGAUCGCAGGACGUUACACCCAAGAACAUGGUCCAUCGAUGGACAGGAGAGGAGAUUCCUGCACCCCUCCAUUUGAACUCCAACCAGGUAUGGUUUCUCUUCAUAUCAGACUCUGAGACGGAAGAGCAGGGGUUUGUGGCGAAGCUACAGGCUAUGUGUUCAAACUCAACAGCCUCUAUAGAGGAGGUGCGUCUGGUUGAUGGCGAUGUACCACAAGAGGGCAGGCUUGAAGUCCUUUACCGAGGCCAAUGGGGAACUGUUUGUGAGGACCUGUGGGAGAGGACGAAUGCUGAGGUUGUGUGCAGGAUGCUAGGGUACGAGGGAGCCGACUUGGAGUACUCGACCACCGACUUGUGGUGGCUCAUCAAAGGCUCAGGACCUAUCUUGAUGGAUAAUGUACGUUGCCAAGGCAACGAGUCUAGUCUUGAUGAGUGCAGCCAUCUUGGAUUGGGUGUCCACAACUGCGACCACUCCAAAGAUGUGGGUGUGACCUGCAGAACAGGAUCAGAAGCCAACCCAUCCAUUGACAAUUCAGCCAUCAUCCGCCUUGUGAACGGCAACCGGCCAAGCGAGGGCAGGGUAGAAGUAUUCCGAGGCCGAAACUGGGGGACGGUCUGCGAUGACUACUGGGGGAUAGAGGAUGCACACGUGGCUUGUAAGAUGCUGGGAUACGAGAGGGCCGAGUUGGCUUACAGAGAGGCCAAGUUUGGUGAGGGAGACGGGGCCAUUUUGCUUGACGAUGUCUCUUGCACCGGGAGAGAGCCCAGUCUGUUUGCAUGCUAUCAUAGCGACUUUGCUGACUGUUCUCAUGCUGAAGACGCUGGUGUGAAGUGCCUUGAGACCAGCGGCAGAGAUCUGUCGUUAGCCUAGGGGGAUGCAGACCAGAAGCAGUCCUCCCGGGGGGCCCCACUUUUCAAAUACCCCAAAGGUGCCCCUUUUAACAUAGGAAAAGUACUCCCUUUACUUUAACAAGUGGCCCUAUUAAUUUGUAUAAGUGCCCCUUCCCCUUUUAACCUCAGAUGAGUGCCCCUCUUUAUUUUGACACAUGCCUCUUUUCCUGUACAAGUUCCCAUUUUCCUUUUCAAUAAGUGUCUAUUUUCCAUUCUCAUAACAAAUAAUCCCUUUUUAAUGUUUAGAAAGCGCCCUUUUCAGGAACCAGAAGUGUCCCUUUUCACUUUUGAUAUGUGCCCCCUUCACCUCUGAUAAUUGCCCUAUUCAAAUCUGAGAGAUGCCCCUUUUACUCUGCCAAGUGCCCCUCCCCCUUUUAAUAACUACCCCCUUUUUAAUUUGGAUAAGCGGACAUUAUAUUUUCAGAAUUGCCCCUUUUCCUAAUGAUAAGAGACCCCAUUUUAAAAAGAGCCCCUUCCCAUAAAUUCCCUUUUCAGGUACUUUUCAGGUGCCCUUUCACCUCC